CGAGCCGGGAGGCUGCGGUCUCCCAGCGCACGGAGCGGGCUCGUUCGGCGGCGGGCGGUCCGGUUCACUAUCAGUCCGCUCCUGCCGCCGCGACGGGGAAGCUGCGGGAACUGCGCCUGCAGCUCGCGCGCGCCGCCCCAAGGACCUCAACCACGACUGGAUCUGGGGCGGCUGCGGCGACAACCUCGAGUACGGAUAUCGCUUCACCGAGGGCUUCGUCGACGUGAAGGAGCGGGAGAUCCAAUCACCAGACAGGGCACGCGCGAGCCAGGGUAAAAGCUUUCUGAUGAACCUGCACAACAACGAGGCCGGCCGCAGGGCUGUGUAUAGAAACCACCUCGUGGCGUGUAAGUGUCAUGGCGUCAGCGGCUCCUGCAGUCUGAAGACAUGCUGGCAACAGCUAUCCCCGUUCAGGUCGAUAGGCGAGUGGCUGAAGGAUCGCUACGACGGAGCCACCGAGGUCAAGGUCAACCGGCGGGGCAAGCUGCAGCUGGCCAACAAGCGCUUUAACCUGCCGACGGCCGAGGACCUGGUCUACAUGGAGGAGUCUCCCGAUUACUGCAUGUACAGUCCACGCACGGGCUCCCUCGGUACGAAGUCGCGAGUUUGUAACAAGGCGGCUGCUGGCAUGGACGGCUGCACGCUGCUGUGCUGCGGCAGAGGCUACAACACGCAGAAGGUGGUCGUCGUCGAGCGCUGCAACUGCAAGUUCCACUGGUGCUGCUUCGUCAAGUGCGAGACGUGCAGCAAAGACGUCGACCAGCACAUGUGCAAGUAGUGGUGGUGGAGCGUCGCCUGGCGGCGGGGAGGGGUGGAGCGACGGUGCUGCCACCGUGCGUGAUGGCGGCGAGAGAUGAAAUCGUGAGGAAAAGGGAGAAUCCCGCGCGCGCGCGCGACCGCCAUUGUUGUUUACGUCACGCGUCACGUGAUGCGAUGACGCGCGGUUGGGGUAGACGGUAGCCAUUACGGUUGUAGUGCUGUCAACGAACGCUGCGCGGCGCUGAAGUCGCGUCGUCUGCGAGGGUCACGUGCGUAAGUGACGUCGGUAUGUUGUAAAUUACGUCAGGAAUUCGCCGCGGAAGAAUUUCGUCGGAAGAAGUGAUGUAUUGUUGUCACUUAUUAUAUUAUACCAGCUAUGCAAAGAAAUGUGUUCGCAUAUAUACACAUACGGUACCUACGUGUAGCAUCGUGUAUGAGGGGGUGCGUGGUGGUUUUCUUAAUGCAGAGAAAAGGUUUUUUGACUAUGUUUUCGUGCGGCUAGGUUUCACUUCCGCGUCGUGUUGCAACUUCGUGUGUGCCCCUCAGAUUUUCGUCGAACCGGAAGUUCGGAUGAUUGCGAGCGGAAGUUGUCACUCCGUCUCGUGUAUGAUACACAACUUCGUACGUAAACCCACGAUUAUAUUCAUAUAAAUGCCGUAACUUAUUUGAUUGUAACUGUGAUUAGUGCCAACGUGCAGCCGUAUAGAAAUUUACACUCUGAUUUUUUUCGCGCGUUAGAAUUAAGGUUUACUUUGUUACGCGCGAAGUAUGUGUAGCGCUAUAGCCGAUAGAUGGCGCCCGCGUAGCUUAAACCUUCUACUACGUCUACUGUCAAUGGAUAUGAGGUACUGAGUUUUUAUUUUUUGCAAUUUACUAUGUGCUCUCAAACGAUUGGUAGGUACAGUGGUAGACAAAAUACGAUCAAAUUGAUGUUUAAUUUAUGUAAUAUAUUAUAUAUAAAAGGUAGGAGCCGCAUGUAUUUCAUGUAAUUCUGACGUAUCAAGCAUAUAUACAUGAGAUACGAUGAGUUAAUAAUAACCCUGCGACCAGGAAGAUCGUUUUUAAUCGAGGAAAAUAGACACAAACAUUUGUAUGUGUAUGUGUGAGUAUGAGUGUGAGUGUGUGUGUGUGUGUAUGAGUGUGAGUGUGUGUGUGUGUG